UUUUAACAUGGACACAGGGAAUCCUUCUGCUACAGGGGUGAACAUUUGAAGCUGAACAGCAAUGUCAGGUCCAACAGUAGAAGGAAGAAAGGUUCUAAUUGGCUGUACAGGAAGUGUUGCAGCUAUAAAAGUCCCAAUCUUAGUCCAGGAACUUGUCAACAUCGAUGACCAGCUGGAAAUAAAAGUUGUAGCAACAGAGAAAGCCCUAAACUUCUUUGACCACAAAUCUUUACAGAUUCCUGUGCUAACAGAGGCGGAUGAAUGGAAGGACUGGAAGACUGUGAGUGACCCUAUACUACAUAUAGAGCUGAGAAGAUGGGCCGAUCUGAUGGUAAUAGCUCCUCUGGAUGCUAACACGUUAGCAAAACUUACGCAUGGAAUCUGUGAUAAUUUAUUAACAUGUGUAGUAAGAGCUUGGGAUUUAAAAAGACCAUUAUUAUUUGCUCCUGCCAUGAACACACAUAUGUGGAAUCAUCCGUUAACAAGUCAACAGAUAGAAAAAUUAAAAAGUUUUGGAUACAAAGAAAUUCCCUGUAUCAGGAAGAAAUUAGCUUGUGGAGAUGACGGUUUUGGUGCAAUGGCUGAAGUAUCAACUAUAGUGACUAAAAUAAUGGAUAUAGUACAUUCAAAGGUCCCAUUAACAUAGUCCUACCUCCUAAUUACAAACUAUGGUGUCUCUAGUCCUGCUUUUACAUUCUGUUUUAUUGAUCAUUCAUUUCUGCAUUUAUGUAAAUAUUUUCUUAACUUAAAUUGAAAUUAAAUUUCAUGUAAUACAG